UCUCAACCCCACGCACCACAGUUACUCACAGCCUCACACACACACACCCACACACACCCACACACAUACAUCCACACAUGCACACACACUGAAACACUGAAACGAGGCAGACCUGGAAAACCGGGGCGCUUCAAUUAGCGCUCCACCGACGACUCCCUGGCGUGGACAUUUUUAAUUUUUCAUCAUAGACUCCAAUUGGAUUUUUCUCAUGUGGCUUGUGUUUUUUUGGCGCAUAGAGCCCGAGCGCUGCUGAGGCGUGUUUGAGCAAUUGAGCAUAUCUCGGAGAUGAAGACAAACGCCUGGUGAAUGGGAUACACCAACACCGAGGCGACGCUACCUUUCCCCCAUCUUGACAAGCACGCUCACCCCUCCGUUGGCGAGAUUUGCGCACACGAAACCGGAGCCGGUGUCUGCGCUCUGCGGGGCCGGGCGCGCGUCGUCUGGGAGGAGUAGGGAGGAUGGACGCGUUUUUUGCAGAGGGGGCCCGUGUCUGGGUCAGGGAGAAGGAGCAGCUCGUUCCUGCCACUGUAAACUCCUGUGGAGAUGGAACCCUUGUGGUCACAACCGACUAUGGCGAGGUGUUGUACUUGCAGCAGGCAGAGGUUACCAGGGAGCGGGUGUAUGCUAUGCACCAGUCCAGCAUCGAUGGGGUGGAGGACAUGUCUGCGCUGGCCGAGCUGCAUGAGGCCGCCAUCAUGCACAACCUGUACCAGCGCUACCAGAAGGAUGCCAUCUAUACUAAUAUCGGCAGCAUCCUGGCAGCUGUCAACCCCUACAAGCAGAUCUCAGGUAUGUAUGACCCAGAGAGGGUGGACCUUUACUCCAAGCACCAUCUAGGGGAGCUGCCACCACACAUCUUUGCUGUGGCCAACGAAUGCUACCGCUGCAUCUGGAAACGCCACGACAGCCAGUGUGUUCUCAUCAGUGGUGAAUCAGGUGCAGGGAAGACGGAGAGCACUAAACUGUUGCUGCAGUUCCUGUCAGUGAUGAGCCAGAAAUCAGCCGGGACUGCUCCAUCAGAGAAAACCACACGUGUGGAGCAGGCCAUCGUACAGAGCAGUCCGAUCAUGGAAGCGUUUGGUAACGCAAAGACUGUUUACAACAACAACUCCAGUCGCUUUGGAAAGUUCAUCCAGCUUCACUUCUCUGAGGGCGGCAACAUCCAGGGAGGCUGCAUCAUCGACUAUUUACUGGAAAAGAACCGCGUAGUACGACAAAACCCUGGAGAACGAAACUACCACAUCUUCUACGCUCUGCUGGCGGGAGCUAACAAAGAGCAUAAAAGCCUUUACUUCCUCGAGGACCCCGCUGAAUCUUUCCACUACCUCAGCCAAUCAGGAUGUCUGAAGGACAAGAGCCUGAAUGACAAAGAACUGUUUAACAGCGUUAUGGAGGCGCUGAAGGUGUUAGAGUUCACAGAGGAGGAGAUCAGAGACAUGUUUAAGCUGCUGUCAGGCGUCUUACAGCUGGGAAACAUCGAGUUCAUGACUGCAGGAGGAGCCCAGAUCACCACGAAACAGGUGGUCACUGAUGCCAGUGAACUGCUGGGCCUGGAUGCCUUUCAGCUGUCUGAAGUCCUGACUCAGCGAUCCAUAAUACUCAGAGGAGAGGAAAUCUGCUCCCCGCUCACUAUAGAGCAGGCUGUGGAUUCCCGGGACUCUGUUGCCAUGGCGUUAUAUUCCCAGUGUUUCUCCUGGAUCAUCCUCAAGAUCAAUCAGAAAGUCAAAGGGAAGGAAAACUUUAAAUCCAUCGGCAUCCUCGACAUCUUCGGCUUUGAAAACUUUGAGGUGAAUCGGUUUGAACAGUUUAACAUCAACUACGCCAACGAGAAACUUCAGGAGUACUUUAAUAAGCACAUCUUCUCCCUGGAGCAGCUGGAGUACAACAGGGAGGGUGUUCAGUGGGAUGCCAUAGACUGGAUGGACAAUGCAGAGUGUCUUGACCUUAUAGAGAAGAAACUGGGCUUGUUGGCACUGGUGAAUGAAGAGAGUCGAUUCCCCAAAGGAACAGACUUCACUUUGCUGGAGAAGUUGCACAGCAGACACUCUACAAACCCUUAUUAUGUGAAGCCCAGACUUGCUGAUCAUCAGUUUGGUAUCAAACAUUAUGCCGGGGAGGUCUUGUAUGACGUUAGAGGAAUCCUGGAGAAGAACAGAGACACCUUCAGAGACGACAUCCUAAACAUGCUCAAGGACAGCAGACUGGACUUCAUCUAUGACUUGUUUGAGAAGGUUGGCAGCAGGAACAACGAGGAGAAGAUGGGAACAGCCAGGCGCAAACCUACUGUGAGCUCCCAGUUCAGGGACUCCCUUCAUGCUCUCAUGGCCACUCUGAGUGUAUCCAACCCUUUCUUCAUCCGCUGCAUUAAACCCAACAUGCAAAAGAAUCCAAAUGUGUUUGACCCAGAGGUCGUCCUGAACCAGCUGAGGUAUUCUGGGAUGCUGGAGACUGUGAAGAUCCGUCGUGCUGGGUUCCCCGUCCGCAGGACUUUCAAAGACUUUUUCUCUCGGUAUAAGAUCAUUCUGAAAGAAAAAGUAGCAGCAGCUGGAGAUGAUAAAAAGAGGAAUACAGACCUUCUCAUGAAAUAUGACAAGACCAAGAAGGAGUGGCAGUUAGGCAAGACCAAGGUGUUUUUGAAAGAGUCUCUGGAGCAGCGUUUAGAGAAAGACAGGGAUGAAGUCCGUCGCCAGGCUGCUAUGAUAAUCCGAGCUCACCUUCUCACCUUCUCUGCCAAGAAGCACUUCAAGUGUGUACGCGCCAGUGUCGUCACCCUCCAGAAACACUUCCGCAAGCACAUCCAGCGCAGGCGAUUCGUGAAGCGACGCAAGGCAGCUCUGGUGCUCCAGAAACACAGGCGAGGCCAGGUGGCGCGUGCUCGUGUUCGAAAGCUCCGAGAGGAGAAGAAGAAGAGGGAGGAUGAGCAGAAGAAGAAAGAGGAGGAAGAGAAGAAAACGCCUGGUGAAGGGGAGCAGGGGGAAGCGGAUGAAGGAGCAGAGAUGAAGACAAAAUCGUCAGAGGAUGAGGCCCGGCAGAUGGAGGAGAUCCUGCAGUUGGAGCGAGAGAUCGAGCGCUUGCAGAAGAAGAGAGAGGACGAGGUAUCGCAGCUGUGUGAGUCCUCCAAACAGGAGCUGCAGCUGCGCCGGGACGCUGAGCUCAAACGGAUGAAGAAGGAGGCUUCUCGCAAGGCCACAGAGCUCAUCGACCUCCUGAACUUCGGAGGCGUGGAUCCCUCCCUUGGAGCAGUAGGAGCGAAGCCUGCUGCCGAGGCGAAAGCUCCGAAAAGGAAGAGUGCCGCCAGAGGUGCAUCCAAAGAGGAGGAGGUGGAUGAAGGCUUCCAUGCUGAGGAGGAGUGCAUCCCUCUCCCUGACUUCCCUCCUCCUGCUGAGACAGAUGCUCCUGUGGAUCAGGAGAUAUUUGCUCAGCUCCCUCCUCCCCCACCUGCCUUUGCAGAGGGGACGGUGCCUCCUGCACCACCUCCUCCACCUCCUCUGUCCACAGACGGUGCACCUGCCGCUGGAAUUCCUCCCCCUCCUCCUCUGCCUCCACCUGAAGAUGGCUCUGCUGCCCCUCCACCUCAACCUCCACCUCCUCCUAUACCACCUCCACCUCCCCCGGGAGAGGGGGAGAAGAAGGAGGGAGCCAAGGUGGAGCCGGAGAGGAAGGUAAGCAUGGUGGAGAGCCUGGUGGACGGGGAAGAGCCAAUUUACAGCAUGCCGGCCGACACAGAGUCGGAUUACGACCAGGAGGAGGAGGAAGGGUCCGUCAAUGCGGGAGAUGACAGCUCUGUAUCCGGGAGCAACCGUGGCAGCGCCGCGGUGGCGGACGAGGAGCACCCGAGGAAGUCAACCUGCACCAACGCCAGCAUCGAGUCCUACAGAGGCAGCUCCGACUCUUAUGCAGACAGUGAUGAUGAGCAUGAUGGGAUGAUGGACACUGAUGAGGAAGUGACAAACGGCAGAGUGACUUUGCUUAAUGGAAAUGGGCCGCCAUAUUUCCAUGGCUACCUCUACAUGAAGGCUGGACUGAUGAUCCCGUGGCGGAGGCGCUGGUGUGUGCUGAAAGAUGAAACCUUCAUGUGGUUCCGGUCCAAACAAGAGUCUCUGAAGUCCGGCUGGCUCUACAAGAAAGGAGGAGGCCUCUCUACUCUGUCACGGAGAAACUGGAAGAUGCGUUGGUUUGUGCUGAGGGACAGCAAGCUGAUGUACUACGAGAACGACAGUGAGGAGAAGCUGAAGGGAACCAUCGAUAUCAGAGCUGCCAAGGAGAUCAUGGAUAAUCAUGAGAAGGAGAACGCUCUGAACAUCGUGACGGAUGAGAGAACCUAUCAGGUGUUUGCUGAGUCACCAGAGGAUGCAAGUGGCUGGUUUAAUGUCCUCAGUAAGGUGCGUGUUUGCACUCCUGAGCAGCUGCUGGAGAUGUCCCACGAACAGGCCAAUCCAAAGAACGCUGUGGGAACCCUUGACGUCGGGCUGAUCGACUCUGUUUGUGCGUCAGACAACCCUGAUCGGCCCAACUCUUUUGUCAUCAUUACUGCCAACCGUGUGAUCCACUGCAACAGUGACACACCAGAGGAGAUGCAUCACUGGAUCAGUCUGCUGCAGAAACCCAAAGGAGACGCCAGGAUCGACGGGCAGGAGUUCCUUGUCAGAGGUUGGCUCCAAAAGGAAAUGAAGACGAACGCUAAGAGCACAUCCCUGAAGCUGAAGAAGCGCUGGUUUGUUUUGACCCACAACUCCCUGGAUUACUACAAGAGCUCAGAGCGAAACUCCUCCAAGAUGGGAACUCUGGUCCUUAACUCCCUCUGCUCUGUCAUUCAGCCAGAUGAACGAGUGCACAGGGAGACAGGUUACUGGAACAUCAUCGUGUACGGGAGGAAGCAUUCCUACCGCCUCUACACCAAGAUGCUGAAUGAGGCCAUGAGGUGGACAGCUGCUAUACAGGGAGUCAUAGACAGCAAGACCCCCAUAGAAACUCCGACUCUGCAGCUGAUCAGAGACAUCAAGGAGAACAGUGUGAACCCAGAUAUAGUGGAGCAGAUGUACAGGAGAAACCCCAUCCUCAGAUACACUCAGCACCCUCUGCACUCCCCUCUACUGCCGCUCCCUUAUGGAGAGGUCACCACCCUGCAAAGGCAGCAGGGUUACGCCAGCCUGCAGGAUGAGGCGGUGCGAGUGUUCAACUCGCUGCAGGAGAUGGAGACUCUGGCAGACACCGUGCCCAUCAUUCAGGGCAUCCUGCAGACCUGCCAGGACCUGCGCCCUCUCAGGGAUGAGGUAUAUUGUCAGGUGAUCAAGCAGACCAAUCAUGUACCUCAGCCUAACAGCCCAGCCAAUCGGGCACACUGGCACCUGCUCACCUGCAUGAGCUGCACCUUCCUGCCCAGUCGAGCCAUCCUCCGAUACCUCCGCUUCCACCUCAAGAGGGUACGUGAGCGCUAUCCCGGCACAGAGAUCGAGCGCUACGCUGCUUUCAUCGGGGAAUCCCUGAAGAAGACCAAGACUCGUGAGUUUGUUCCCUCUCAGGAGGAGAUCGCCGCCCUGCUGGUGAGACAGGAGAUGAGCACCACCGUUUACUGCCAUGGCGGAGGCUCCUGCAAGAUCUCCAUCAAUUCGCACACCACAGCUGGAGAGGUUGUGGAGAAGCUGAUCAGAGGCCUGGCCAUGGAGGAAAGCAAGAACCUGUUUUCUUUGUUUGAACACAACGCCUGCACAGACCGAGCUUUGGAGAGCAGAGUGAUUGUGGCAGAUGUUCUGGCCAAGUUUGAAAGAUUGGCAGGUAGUGAAGAAGAGGAGGAGGAAGGAGAGUGGAAACUCUACUUCAAACUCUACUGCUUCUUGGAUGUGGAGAGCAUGCCCAAAGAGGGAGUGGAGUUUGCUUUCAUGUUUGAACAGGCUCAUGAGUCCCUGAUAAGUGGUCACUUCCCAGGGUCAGAGGAGACUUUGCAGCAUCUGGCCGCUUUACGCCUCCAGUAUCUCCACGGCGACGGUGCAGGCCGGGCUGGAUGGAGCCUGGGAAGCGUUUAUCCAAUCGGACGUCUCCGCAAUCGCAUCCUCCACUCCACCAAGCCGGGCGUGGGGGCUGCAGGUGGCGCUGGAGUAGGCGGCGGAGGAGGAGUGGGAGACGGGAAGGGCUUGGUUGGAGGACAAGGAGGUGUUCCUAUCGGAACGGAGAAACGAAAGACCCCGAGCUUCCUGGAUGGUACUCUGAGGAGGAGCUUCAAGACUGGUUCACUGAAGAAACAGAAGGUGGAGGAGGAGCAGAUGUUGGAGAUGUGGGUGAAAGAGGAGACCUCAGCCACACGGACCAGCGUGCUGGAGAAGUGGACCCGACUGCAGGGAAUGCCCCAGCACCAGGCCAUGCUUAAAUAUAUGAGCAUCAUUAAGGAGUGGCCUGGAUAUGGAUCUACUCUGUUUGACGUGGAGUGUAAAGAAGGCGGUUUCCCUCACGACCUGUGGCUGAGUGUGAGUGCUGACAAUGUGUCUGUGUAUAAACGAGGUGAACCCAAACCUCUGGAGACCUUCCAGUACGAACACAUCACCUUCUUCGGGGCUUCUCAGCCCUGCACCUACAAGAUCAUCGUGGAUGAGAGGGAGAUGUUCUUUGAGACGCCAUUGGUUGGAGAGAUCACCAAGAUCAUGAGGGCCUACAUUAAUAUGAUGGUGAAGAAACGUUGCAGCAUCAUGUCAGUGACCAGCGUCGCCAGUUCCUGGGUCAGGUGAUCGGCACCAACCAAUCAGAGCCCUCGGUUUGUCAAGUGGCAAACAGAUGCCUCGGCCCCACGGCAUUGGUUGGUUGGUUUUGUCGCACCAACCAGCUAAUCCUCACGGCUGAAUCAAGAGCGGUGGAUGAGCGUGGAAAGCAAAAUGGGGAAGAGUGGACAUAGAAGCCAAAACGCACACUCUACUACUGGCCUGGGUUUCACUUGGGAUAAGGGAUCUAUUUAAAAAUGAGCAUGACAAAGAAAACAACCUGUAUUUUUGGACGGUCCUUUCAAAUACAUAACCCCCAGUUGUAGUCCUGCAUGUAGAUGUUCAAGCACAACUCCACAACUUCUCUCCGCUUUCCUUUCCAGACAAACAAAUCUCAGUAAUUUACAAGCACAACUCAGCCGCCCAGUCCGUCCCAGGUGGCUCCCUAUUCCCCCCCCAGUGCACUGCCAGACAGAAGAAAGCCACACUCUCUCAGUUAGAUUUCUUUCUCACUCCUCCUCCGAGUUCAGAGUCUCUCUCUUUCUCUUCACGUGUCCUCACUCCUGUUGCAUCUUUAUUUGCUGUUGGUAUUACGUUACGAUGCUGAAUUCUUGUUCUUGCUUGCUUUCUCUCUGUUGUUUCUCUCUCUGUCUUUUAUCUGUAACAUCAGCUAGAUUUACAUUCGUUUGUGACUGAGAAAAAGGACUCGAUGAUGAUUCCUCUUCAGGGCUACUAAAAGCAAAAUAAGCUCCAUGCCCGACAUAGUGUUCACUUGCUCACUCGUCAGUGCCACCGUGUGGCCACAAGAAGAAAAUGCAGCCAAAGGAAGUGGCUUUAACUAUUUCUGAACAAUAUCAAAUAGAUAUUCUUGAGAAGAAGGAAGAGUAGAGGUUUUUGCUUUGGAGGCUCUCUGGUCAUGUUUAGCUUGACAUCAAGAGUCUGUGCAUGGUUAACAGCCUCGUGUGGCUCUGUAAAGAGAACAAUAUCAACCAGAAUAGUAUGUGACAAAACGUUUCCCUAUCUAUGUCUACAUGUAACACACACUGCAUACAUGUACUGUAUAUUCACAUACAUGUAAACAUAAACUGAAUGAACAUGUAUUGUUUUGUACUGUAUAUCACACAAUAUAAGAGUUAUUAUUGAAUUUUCAGUGGCCACUGCACUGUACAGUAUAUAGAUGCCAUACUAAAUGAAAUGUGACACCUCUCGUGUAAAAAUACAUGCAAGUGAAUGGUGUUGAUAAUGACCACUGUAUGUGUGAAUAUGAUGCCAAUACUGUACAUCCUUCACUGGCUGUGCCAUUAAUGUGACUCACAGAGAAGUACGAAUUAGCAGAAACACAGACUAUUAUGAGACUGGCUGCUAUGGUGGCCACGUUUUCACAGUGUUUUGAUGAAUUUAUCAUUGUUGUCAUCUGUGGGACUGACACUAAAGAGCAUCAGCCGGAGCCAUACAGUAUUGUAUAUCUGUGUCUGCUCAUGCUAAUCUCACCUUUUCUUUUAUCGAGGAGAUCAGUGACUGAAACGAUAACGCAUCAAAGCUCCAGUUUGUCUGUGUUUCCAACCUGUUUAUGAUUAUGUGACUUUUAUUACUGAUACUACUCAUGUUACUGUAUGCCCCCGCUAUCUUAACCACCCUGAAGUGCUGUGUCGGGAAUGCUGCUGUGUGUGCGUGCGUGUGUGUGUGUGUGUGUGCGCGUGUGUCUUAAUGGUGUAUUCCAAUUGGUUGGAAAAGAAAAGGGAAAUGAGAAAAGAAAAGUAAUUUUACUGAGUGUAUUCCUUGGAAAUAAGACGUAUUUACAUGACUAACCUUUGCAAAGGAUGGUGUUGUGAUUGUGAUUUAAAGGGAAAAGCAUGGGAUCUCAGGGGAGGGUUAGGGGUUAUUUAUUUCCUAUUGUACUGUAUGUAUUGCAAGGUGUGUUUGGGAGGAUAAUGUAUUAAAAAUAUAAGGGAUUUUUUCAGUCUCAGUGAAAAAGGAGCAGAUAAGACACUGUGAGGAAAUGGGCUUGGAAAUGGUUUAAUUGUGCACUGGGAAUACCGACAGUUAUCACUGCUUUAUGUGUGUGUGUGUUCUUGGACUGAAAAUGAAGUCACCGCUCUGUCAACAUCACCUGACAAUGCGGCACUACAGGUAGACGGCAGCAUCCCUCAUGUGUUACACCUCUAGAGGACAAAAACAGUGUUUCCCCACAUCAGAUACCCAGGGGGAAUACUUAAAUAACAUGGAAAAAUACAGUGUAAUAUCAAAACACAGUCCAAUUAAAUGUCUAAUUUGGCCAAGAUAACGUUUCUAAACUAUAGUUUAUAUAUCAACAAGAAUUUCAGUCUUUGCCCUGAAGAAAGUUAUAGUUUGCUGCCUUUCACACCAGAUAUUUAAGUUAAAGUAAUUUUCCUUAAGGUGAAAUUGUCUGUUGUCCAUCUGUGCUGCAUUCAGGGCCUAGCCAGGAUUUUAUAAAACCUGAGGUCAUGAGUCUGAGACCCUCAGCCUCUAACCCGAUUCUCAGGUUCCAGAAAUUUUUUUUUUCUGUAAUUUUUUUAAAUUAUAAUUUGGAUAUUUCAUAUGUUGUUUAUUGGUCAAUUAUACGAUCUAUACAUUUUAAUUCCAAAUGUGGUCUACAUCUAAAAACUGUUUUGAAGCAUUUUCCACACUGCAAGAAAUUAAAAAUGAAUUCUAAAUAUAUUUUUGGGCAUUGUUAUGCCUUUAUUAGACAGAUGUGUAGAGUGAGACAUGACAAGAAAAGAAACGGGGAUGUCAUGUAACAAAGGUCCCUGGCCAGACAUGGCGGUUCAUGGUCAGCACCUUAAACCCUAGGCCACCAGGACACCAAAUGAAUACAAUAAUGGUGGGGAAAUACUAAAUUAUCUACUUAUUUGACCAUAAGGUUAAGAAAAGAAAGUGUCCCUUCACUAACAUAGAAAAAAAUAUUAAGUAUGUGACCUCAGUGUUUUUAAUUGUGGCUAUGGUCCUGACUACAUACACACAGCCCACUGGGAUCCUGCCUAUAGAGUUAGAAUAAGCAGAACUCACUCAGAGGUUCCAGUUUAAACUUUUGAUUAUUUUAGUUUCGGCUAAAACGAGUGCAAAACUAUAGGUCAAGUUUAUAAGCCAUAAUUAAUGAGGAACCUGGAGCUGCCUGUUCUAAUUAUUCUACGUCUAUGGUUCUGUCUGUCACUGAUAUUACACUGAGUAGGAGGAAGUUGCCCCAUGAUUGGUGGAAUGUGAUCAGUGUGUUUCCUAAAGACAACAAUAAACUGAAGUUAGAUUUUGAAGUAUCUGAUCACAAAUCUGUCUUCAAGGGCAACUUCAUCACAAAGGGUCCUGUUAUCAGCCGCAGGCGGCCAGAGUGGGGCCCCUUCUUAUGUUAUGCUUAUUAUCAUCAUUAUAUAGUAAAACAUUGUGCUUGUUAAAAAAAAAAAGAGAAAGAGAGAGAUAUGUGUGUUAUUCUUUUUUAUUUGUAACUGGCUUUACAAAAUUAUGCUUUAAUAAAUUAUUGGAAAUUGUCCUCUA